AUGCCGAGUGAGUAUAUUUGGACGGUUUCAGCCAAUGGAGUUCCAUGCAGAAUUCCAGCUCCUUCAGAUCCUAGAUGUACGAGUGAAACAGAUUGGCAGGAACUACCGUGUUCAGAUGGUUCCUCAAUAUGCACAAUUGUGGCUUCUCCAACAACUGCUUUUGCUAUUGAUCGAACCGGAAGACUGUUAAUUCUAGUGAUGCCAACACAUAUCGCCAUCAGAGAACGUGUUGAAAUAUAUAAUAAUCAGAGAUGGAUUGGGAUUUGGAGAGGAACAUUUUUCAUAGAUCGGCCCAGAUAUUCUGAUGAAAGCGGUCAAAUAGCAAAAGACAUAUCAUUGAAUGAAAUCAGUUCGGGUUGGAGUUGGGAGGAUAAAUGGGUUCCUCAUCUAGAUCCACGAAAAUAUGAUAAAGAAGGAUGGCAAUAUUCGUUAUCUUUUCUUGCGCCAAAAUGGGAUAAACAGUGUCGAUUAUAUCAUCUUGUUCGGAGAAGAGUUCUUAAAAGACAUAUGAGAUACACAUCACAUGAUAAAUGGAUUGAAAUGACAAAUGAAGAAACUCGAUUGUUCACGGAGUUGGCCAUUGGAGGAUUGGAUGUAAUGAGUGAAGGAGAAUGUCUUCUGUUUGCACUUGGAAGCGACGGAAAUAUUUAUAGAAGAGAUGGAAUUAAGACUAAUUGUCCAGGUGGAACGGAGUGGCAGAUAAUUCCAAAAAUCACUUUUAAAGAUUCUGAUUCAGACGACGUUACACUCAUAUCAGCUUCUCCUUCUCUCGCAACCCUCAUAGCUAUCACAUGGGAUGGGAAAAUGUUUCAUCGGAAAGGAAUUACUCGGAAAAGUCCAAUUGGAUUGACGUGGCAAAGUAUCCCAACUCCAAAAAAUAAAGCUGUAAUUUGUGCAGCGAUCGGUAAAAAAACAAUGUGGUGCAUCACAGCUGAUGGAUGUGUAUGGUUCACUCGUAUGGAAGUUGACGAAAAACUGAAAGAGCACACCAUGAAAAAUAUCAGUUCUGAAGGUUACCAAAUGGUGACUCAAGGUGGAGUUUCUAGGCUUUCAGUUUCAAAAAAUGAUAAGGUGUUCUGUAUUUCGACUAGUGAGAAAAUAGAAAUCCGAUCCGGAAUAGAGAGUAAUGAACCAUCUGGGAAGAGAUUUGAGAGUAUUGUUGAUCGUGGAGAACCGAAAGAUCAAAGAUGGAUUUCGAUUCAUUGUGGAUCCGUCAAUUUCUCUCAAGUACCUGAAUAUUUCACAUCUUCCUCUAGUUUACAAUCUAAAAUGGAGAUUCUGCAACAACUACAAGAGUCGACUAAUAGAUCCUGGUCUGCGAUGAACGGUAUCAAGGGGGACGAUUUAGAGUGUCCAGAUGACAAUAAUGAUGGAUCGAAUUCAGUAAAACACAUUCGAUGCCAAAUAAUGCAAGGGGACGCCUUCAGAAGUGUCAAUGUUACAAUAACUAACAAAACUAUAGAAAUAACUGGAGAGCAAAUAACACCAAAAUCAAUUGAAAACUCUAAAAUCAAAUGUGUUCUCCCAUCAUUUCAACGUCUUCCUCAGAAGUAUCUUCUUUACUUUUUCACUGGAUCUCACUCAGAAUUCGAAUGUUUUGCUUUCACAGAUGAAAAAUCUCGCAGCAUAUUUCAAAUCGACAUAGAAAAUAUUAUUCGCAAUUUCAUAUGUUGUUCUACCCGAAAUUCAUUCGGAGAAAGUAUGUGGUCUGUGAGUAUUGGAGGUGUUGUUCGAUGGCAUUGUCUAGCAGAAAUGAGUCAAGAAAGCAAGUUUGAGAAACGUGUAAAUCCUGGAGAAACUAGAGCUCUUACUGUAGAAGGGAUUUUUGAAAAUAUCGACUGUGGGGCGAAAGGAUGUGUAUGGGCGGUCAAUGAGGUUUCAGGAUCACUGUACGCCUUGAGUAGUCGAUACAAUCCGUUGAGCUCUCAUGAUGAAACAUACGACUUCAAAAUGACAAAUAAACGUACUUUCAAAAUGUAUGAAUAUCAAAAACAUGCCGUGUUCCGUGGAUUCAUAUCUUUUCAAGGAUCACAGAAAGGAGUAUCAGCUUGGAUGUGUGAUGGGAGACCUUGUCCACCUAAUUUCUCAUCAUUACCUUCUACAAAUUGGAGCUGGAUGGAUUCUUCUUGGCAUCUGGAAGACGAAGAAUGGAAGUACUCGAAUGAAAUAGAUGGUACUUAUGACUACAACGAGAGAGGCCAAGGAAGAGCUCGUCGACGUUUAUGGAUAAGACGGGCUCGUUAUGAUUGUAAUAAAUCACCUUGGUGUCACGUAGAAGCUCCACCAAUGAAAUAUAUUAGGUUGGCAAAGCAAGCAUCAACGGAAACAAUUAUCGUCGUAGCUUUGACCAAGGAUGGUCACAUAUUACGACGAAACGGAGUUACCAGAGAAAAUUUUACCGGUACAAAUUGGACGGAGAUACUCACUGAUUCUCCGAUCUCAUGUAUUCAUUAUCAAUCGGAAGGAAUGAAGUUGUGGUGUGCCACUUCAGAUGGAAUGAUAUCAUCAAGAAAUCUUCAAAUUUCUAAUGAUAGCAGCUUCCUUUCGAACUCGGAUUGGAGACACCUCGACAUGGAUCUCUCUCCUUUAACUCAGCAUCUCUCUAAAAAAUCAACUACGGAUCUCGAAUUAACUGGUGUUUCUGACAUUCUCUAUGCACGAGUAGGAUUCAUCCUUUUCCGUAUUGAUACCAAAAACGAAACAAUUUCUGAUGCAUAUCCGAUGGACAACCUACAACAAGCAGUUGUCAAUGCGCAAGGUUCGAUCUGCGUCCGAGGCACAAACAUUACGAUUGUUCGAGAUUGGCGUGUCGUUCCGUAUACGGACCGGAAGGCCACAAUUAUUGCGAUGCGGAAUAUAGAUGCCAUGGCAGGAGGGCGUCCUGCAGCUGGUUGCUGCUGUCUCAUCAAUAAUGUCCGUUUUCCAGUUCUAAUCCUCACUACAUUCAGUAUUGCUGCUUUAUUUUCAACAUUGAUUUUACCCAACCUUCUAGCCAUUUUAGACCCUGAAGUUGAUAUUAGACCUGUUCCUGGACUCGACUCUUUACAUGGAAGUUCUUAUAAAGGAUAUGAUCGGUUCAAACGAGAAUUAGAGGAGCCAAAGGUUCCUUCAAAAGUAGUUCGAUUUGAUCAAUCAACCGAAGAAGAGGACGGGCAUCCAAUUCUUCCACCAACGGAGAAACCAGCACCAAUCCCAACAACUUCAACUCCUGCUACUAAAAAAACUGAAAAACCUAUACCCGUUUUCAUAACGAAUCGCCCGGAAACAACAACCGAGCGAUUUGAAAGAGCAACGACGACGAAAAUAGAAUCUACAACUACACAGGAUGAUGUUGUUGCAAGAGAAGUUCAAAGAUCACUGAAAAAGUUGCGAGAUGCAGAAGAAGGAAAAGUUGAAGACAAAGCUGAAAAGGGUGUUGAAGAGACGUUCGAGUACAAAACGGAACCAUUGUCUCUAAGAUUGAGACGAGGAUUACUUGUUUCCUCGCCUGGAAUCGGAAUUAUUUUUGGAAGCUUUCUGACCAUAAACCUAACGAAAAAGUACGGAGCCCGGAAAGUUUUUACAACAUGUUUGUCUCAAUCCGCCCUUUCAAUCAUUAUCUUUUUAUACGUUCAGAAGCGCUAUUUUUACUUGCUGGUAAUUAUCCGUUUCAUCCAAGGAGUUUUGUUUUCGUCCGUGUUUCCAACGAUGGGUAGUUUGUUGAUUCACUGGGGUCCUCUCAAAGAGCAACUCACAUUCUUAACUACGAUGCUUAUGUUCAUUUCGAUCGGGCCCGUAGUUGCUUGGCCAGUUGCAAAUUAUUUCAACGCCUUGGAGUUAGCCCAUGAUCACGUCUACUACGUUCAAAUGGCAAUCAUCGCGAUCCUUGGUGUAUUAUGGUCUAUAUUUUAUCGAGAUCUUCCACAGGAACAUCCAUGGGUUAGUGGAGUUGAACUGAAUCGUAUUGUUGCUGGAAAAGUCAAGGAGCUACAUUCAAACCGUGCUCUAUCAGAUGCUUUUUCAUCGCUUUUUCGGUCACUUUCUGCGUGGAGCAUCUGGACAUCUGCGUUCGGAUUCUUUUCUGCAACCGCUUUUGUCACUAUAUAUCUCCCAUCAUUCCUCUCUUCUCCAGAUGUUUUCAUUGUGGAAGGUCUCGGAAUUCAUAGCAGUUUACCGAUGCAGUUAUUACCACUAGCCUGUGCCAUCUUUGCAUCCUUGAAUCUUCUCUUCAAGCCGUCGACAAAAAUUAUUCGAAUCUUAAAUACAACUGCUUUCGCUCUUGCUGCCAUUCUUAUGGUUGCUAUAAUUCUUGUUGCACAUCUUCAGACUAAAGCAGGACUGUUAUCCCUUCUUCUAAUAUCAAUGCUUCCGUUUGGUUUAGCCAUCGUAACUGGAUUUAUGCGAAGUUUGACAGUAGUUGGAAGAGUGUUCGCUGAACAAAUUGUGGCGAUGUGCGCAAUACCGUUCGGUUUGGCUUUCACAGUUCUCCCGCUGGUGGGGACCUAUGUAAUAAACGAAAAUAAAUUGGCUGAAUGGAUGAAAGUGGCGAUGUUUCUAUUUUUCGUUCUAUCAGCAGUUGCCAUCGAGUUUGCCGUGUUCGGAAGAGGAAAAUCAGCUUCAUGGGCUGCAUCGUCCUGGGAUCCGCUAGCAGCUUCAACGAAAAUGCAAUCCUUAGCUCUCAUAGACUUUAAUCAAGAUGAAUGUGGCCUUUAUGAGCUCAGAAGGAUCGAGCCAAAAAAUAAAUCAGAUCACUCAUAA